UCAGUGUUGUCGCAGCCCUUGUUGGUGCAAGUGCGUCUCUGUCGCAGGUUAAAUCAAAAUGUCUUUGUUUUAUUUGUAACUUCAGCAAAUUACUUCUGAUAAAAUAUAUAUAAAUAUGUGCAAGCUCGCCCAUAGCAAGCAUUGCAGAUUACGGUCCGUGUUAAUGCGCCACAAAAACGUACUUAAACAUCCAAUUAAAUAAUUGCACUGUGCAUUAGCAAAAUAUAUAAUAAUAGACACGCCACACACACACACACACAUACAUUUGCGUAUAGAACCCGAACUAGCAGAUAUUGUAAAAGUUCAUUGCCUUAAAAAUCUACACGAAGUGCAAUAGAUGUUGAAUUUUUAUUUAGCAAGAAAUCAAAGUAAGUCCCAACCAAAGCAAGCUGUGCAAAGUCAACGAACAAAAAGUGUGAAAAAACAUCAAUCAGAGCAGGCAUUUGCUAUAAAUAAAGCAGCAGCAGCGGCAGCAGCACCAGUGCCAGCAUCUGUUUCCCAUUUCAAAACAAACAAAUGCAAAAGAACAACAACAACAACAACAACAUCAUAACAAGAGAGUACAUAUCGACUAUCGCAAACGAGAAAGACAGCGCCAGGGACUCUGUAAAGGGUCACGGCGGCGGUCAGCAGCAUAAAACGUCACAAGAAAAAAAAAACCAUAAUAAUAACAUAACAGCAACACAACGCGUAAGGACUGCUACGUAAGAGUGACCAGAUUUCUGUUAAAAUUCACUAAUGCAUCCUUUUGAAUGCAGGGCAUAGAGCAGCAAAGAAACAAAAAACAAAAACAAAUAACACAAAAAUGUCGUGUGAAAACGCAAAAACCUCCUCAGAUAUUGAGCACGUAGACUGGAGCACCGGUGGCUCCGGCCAGCACUACGCAAAUGUCAGAUUCGGCUCUGGCAGCAGCCAGGCGUCACAGAAUAGCGGCGACAUUUGCCGCAUCUGCCACUGCGAGAGCGAUCCACAGAAUCCGCUACUGACGCCCUGCUACUGCUCCGGCAGUCUGAAGUAUGUGCACCAGGCGUGCCUGCAACAGUGGCUGACGGCAUCGGCGACCAACUCCUGCGAGCUGUGCAAGUUCCCCUUUAUCAUGCACACCAAAAUAAAGCCCUUCAAUGAGUGGCGCAGCCUUGACAUCUCCAGCAUUGAGAGGCGCCGGCUAUGCUGCACGGUGCUCUUCCACUGUGCGGCCGCCCUGUGUGUCAUCUGGUCGCUGUGUGUGCUCAUCGAGCGGGCCGCAGAUGAUGUAAAACGUGGAGUGAUUGAUUGGCCCUUCUGGACAAAGCUGGCCGUUGUCACCGUUGGCCUCACUGGCGGCGUUGUCUUCAUGUACAUCCAGUGCAAGGCCUAUCUGCAUCUGUGCCAUCGCUGGAAGGCACUCAACAGGAUCCUGCUCAUACAGAACGCGCCGGAGAAAAUACAUCCGCUGGCGCCGCCAUCGCCAGUGGCUGCCCACCAUCACUUCAGCGAGAGGCACAGCUCGCUGGGCCAUGGUGCGGUCAAUGGCACCGUUGAGAUCAAUGCCUCUGGCGGCGCAAAUCAUGCUGUUCACGACUCGAGCUGCGGCGCCUUGGAGCAUGCGUCGUCGGCGGUUCUGCAUCAGCAUCAACAGCAAAUGCAGCUGCAGCUGCAGCAGCGCCUGCUGAACGCCUCGCCGCAGCACAUGCUGCAGCUGGACGUGGUGCCGCACAGCAGCAGCUGCGCGGGCACCCAGACCGAGGAUUCGCAUGCACAGCGGCAGCAGACGGGCCAGCAGCUGGGUCAGGUGGCUGUGGCGGCCAACAUUGAGUGCUCCCAGUCGCAGCACAACUACGAUCGCGACUGGGCAUUGGACGAUGUCGUCUCGCAGAUCUCAUCGUUUCGGCCCUGCCCGCAGGGCUCGGGCAGCAUGACACCGUUCCAUGACUCCAUACACAAUGUGCUGGAGCACUCGGAGAGCUCCAGUCGCGGCUCGGCCACAGAUCUGUGCGCCGGUUCGCGACAAGAUCUCAGUGCCAGCGGCAUUUCCACAGACACCGGCCGUGAGCACGCGAUGCAGCUAAGCAGUUUUAGUGGCAGCGGUGAGCACAAGGCGCCCUCGAUCAGCUCCGGUGUCUCGCAUGCCGUGGCCAAUGGACUGGGCGGCUUUGCUUACAAGCCGCAUCAGUCGAAGCGCUACUCCAAUUCGUCCAUUUUUCUGGAGAACCGUGAUAUACUCAACGACUCGCCCCUGUGCGUGGGCGUGGCAACACCACUUGCCUAUGACUACAGCACGCCACCAAAGAUCGACUAUCGCCACUCCAGCAUACUGGGCACUGAGCAGCAAACGGGACUCAGCUGCUGUGCGGUCGCCUCCGACUGCCAACUGGGCAGGGAGGGGGGCGAUGUGCGCCGCUACUCGGACACCAAGCUGGACAUGGAGCAGGAGGCCAUGCUAGGCACAAAUGCCGAAGGCGGCGACACUGUGCUGGACAUCGAGCUGCCCACGUCGCCGCUCUCCCCACCAGCUGCAUACGCCAGUCACCACCAGCAGCAGCAGCAGCAGCUGGUGUUGCGUCGAUCCUUUGACAAGGGCGUGGACGAAACGAAUAAUGGUGCUGGCAUUGGCAGCGCCAGCAAAGCCUCCAAUCGUUCGUCGGCCGAUGCGCAAAUGGAUCGCUCGCGUUUGUUUUUCAAGUCGUUGCCAAAUCUCAGCAGCAGCUGCGAAAGUCUUAUCAAAAAAUGAUUGUGCCCCGCCCACGGAUCCUCAGCAAACCACACUGUGUCUCUCUAUCCAUGUUGAAAGUAUUUGGCGCUGGACCCCCAGACAGUCAGACAGAACGACAGACAGACAGACAGAGCCACAAAUACCAUUUACUUGUUUUUUUUUUUUUAAAUACCAUAAUCCUACCUAUCCUUGGCUCGUUGCCGCUCCUAAUUUAACAUCGUAUCUCGUAACCAUGUUUAACAAAGCCCAUAAACAAUUUUGAGACUGCAAACAUAACAAAACACAAGAAAAUAAUGUACGUUUAGAACAAAACAAAUAUAGUUUCAUUCGAAGAGGGAAAAUAUGAAGAAAAAAAAACAGCAUCUAUAUCUAAAUAUAGAAUUAUAUAGACAGGCACUGAACAAA